CUCAUUGGCUGGCCUGUGGCAAAGGCGGACGAUGAUUGGUUUGCUCGGAUGUCAGUCACCUGCCGCCCAUCGUCGCCCCGCCCACCAUCUCACCUCAGCGAGGCCUUUGGGCCUCUGAGGAGCUCAGCCGUGGGCUUUGGACGGAGGUGGGAGCAGCCCAAUGGCCUCAUCCCAUCACCCCGACAUCACCACGGCUCUGCAGGACAACGAGGCUGCGCUGCUGGAGCCCGAGGAGACACACAAUGAUGCUGAAUGCUGCCCUGGGCCGGGCAGGGAAAAGGCCCAUGAGGAGAACUCAGGGAUGGAGGCGUCGGGCCCGGCGGUGCUGGACAGACAGGCUUCAUCCCGCUACUUUGCUGCCCUGGACUCCAGCGUGGGGGAUCUGCGGCAGCGGGCACAGAGCCUGAUAGACAGACUGAACGACAGCCGCAAGGAGGACCACAGCGUGAUGAGCGGCUUCCGAGACAGCCUGCAGCUGAAGGUGUCCAACCUGGCCGAGCAGCUGGAGGAGCGGCUCUUCCAGCUCUACAGCCUCCACAACGAGCUGAUCCAGGAGCGGCUGCAGGAGCUGGCAGAAGUGAUGGAGCGCGUCCGACAGGCCGAGGCCGAGCUGCAGCAGGUCUGCCACACCGUGGAGGAGGCAUACAGGGACCUGUGCCUGCAGCCCGAGACGUGAGCACGGCCCCAAGCGCACGGUGAGCCCCCAGACCUCACAGGGAGCCCCCAGACCCCCCCACCAGCAGGUAUUACCAAUACAUUGGGCCGGCCGCCCCCCCACGAACAGAGAAACGGGGAUACGAGGCACAAAUUGCCUUUUCCACAGGGUGUUGGUGUUUGGUUUUUAACGCAAUUCAAAUAAAAGAUCAAAACGGC